UUCAUACAUACAUACACUGCAUAGCAUAGCAUACCUGCUCCUCUCCUCCUCUCACCUCGCUUCUCGCGCUCUCUCAGAAAAAUUAAUUUUCUUGAGAAACAAGCCACUGUCACAAUCCUAAGUACAAUGGUUGUCGUCGAGAGUCUUGGCCACGGCGAGCAAGAAACCGUCGAUUUCUCGGAUACGCCGCGUUUCAGCGACGAUCUCGGCUCCGGCUCCGCUUGCUCCACUCCCUUCGUCAGCGCUCCGUCCAGUCCCGGCCGCGAUCCGCCGCCGGGCUAUUUCUUCAGCGCGCCGUCGAGUCCCAUUCACUUCUUCCUCCGCUCUGCCGCCGCCACGUCGGAGAAAUCGAAGCUCGACUCGUCCUCCCCCGGCGACUUCGAGUUUGAUUUCUCGUCGCGGCUGUCUUCGAGCAGCGGUUCUUUGGGCGGCGUGCCGAUGACCUCCGCGGAGGAGCUUUUCUCCAACGGUCAGAUCAAGCCGAUGAAGCUCUCUUCCCACCUCCAGAGGCCUCAGUUCUUAGCGCCGCUUCUGGAUCUUGAAGAAGAAGACGAGGAAGAGGGGAAGGCGGAGGGUAGGCGAGGGAGGGAUCUGAAGCUGAGAAGCAGAUCUGUUCACCGGAAAGCGAGAUCUCUCUCUCCGCUACGAAACGCAGCGUAUCAGUGGAACGAAGAGGAAGAGGUAGUCGUUGGAGAGAGCGAGGUGAAGGAGUGCAUACGUAAGCUUCAGGAAGACUACGAGGACGAAACGAAGAGUAGUAACGAAAACGUGACGUCAGCCGAAACGACGCCGUCUUGCUCGGCUUCUUCCUCUCGAUCGUCGUCUUACGGGAGGAACUCGAAGAAGUGGAUAUUCAUCAAGGAUCUGCUUCACCGGAGCAAAAGCGAAGGAAGAGGAAACGGCAAGGAGAAGUUCUGGUCCAACAUCUCGUUCUCUCCUUCCACCUUCAAAGACAAGAAGCUCAAAUCGGAAGCGGAGAACGCAGCCGUCGAGAACAAGAAGCAGAAACAGAAACAAUCAGCGCCGGCGAAGAAGACUCCGGCCGCCGGAAAACCAACAAACGGAAUAGCGAAACGGCGAGGGUCGCAGCCGUCGGCUCACGAGCUGCAUUACACAACGAACAGAGCUCAGGCGGAGGAGAUGAAGAAGAGGACGUACUUGCCGUACAGGCAUGGGCUCUUUGGCUGUUUGGGGUUCAGUUCCAAAGGUUACAGUGCAUUGAACGGUUUAGCCCGAAGCUUAAACCCGGUUUCAUCCGGUUAAAUUCUAGUUCAAGUCAUUAAUCAAUUAUUAGUAUUGUUAAGCAAAUGUUUUUUUAUGUAUAGGUUAUGGAUUCAGUAAUCUUUUCAGUUAUAAAUAGUAUAUGUAUAAGAAGAUCAUUACUAUGUUUCUCUCUGUAGUUCUUGGAAAUGAUUUCAGAAUCUAAGAUUUUACAGUGGUGUUGUAAUACUUUUGUGACU